UACGAAAACGCGUUGCAACCAGGAAGUGGACACGUGAAGGGUAUUUAAUAUAGUUGCGUACAUCUGCGAUUAACUAACCCUAACAUUUAAGAGCGCAUCGUUUGUGAAUCUGCUGGAUACUAUUUAUUCAUAUAAUAAUGGCUGGACGUCUCCCAGUGUUAUCCAUGCUCGCUUCGCUCGGGAUUCGAACAGUAGCGUCGCCAUCAGUCGGCCGCCAUCGGGUUCCCUUAAUGUUUGUCCGAUUUAGCAGCAGAGGUGGCAGAAAAACAUGGACAGAGCAGAGCGGUGGACACACACACUUCCACCAAGAAGAUGACAGAGACUGUAUGAUGGAGGACGUGGAGGACAAGCUGGAAGCUUUGCUGAAAGAGAGAGAGAAGAAUCGAAACGCUACCAAGUAUAACAUCAUCAAGAGGAAGAUGAGGCCACCAGGAGCUCCAGAAAGGAAGUUAAGCUGGCAGGCAAUUGAACAGAUAAAAUUUCUAAAACAGGAGCAGCCAGAUGAGUGGUCAGUCAAGCAUCUGGCUGAAGGCUUCUCUGUCAGCCCUGAUGAGAUUGUCAGAGUGCUCAAGAGCAAAUUUAUCCCGGACCCAGCCAGAAAACUCAAGCAGGACGCUAAAGCUAUGACUCGGCUCAAUCCUCAGGUGUUGCCUUCAGGGUCUGGGGCAGAGCAGAGCAGACUGAAGCUGCACAGAGGCCGCACAGCAGAUGCACUCCUCCCCUCAGGAAGUCAAGAAAAUAGUUUGGUUCCUGUGGCUGCCCAUACUUUAAUAGGUGGCAACACAAACUCAGACAAUAAAUCCCUGGCUGUAGCUUCUGCACUUGUUACAGCUCCAUCUCGCUUUAAUUCCGCGAGCAACAAAGACGCCACAGAGAAGACGACAGCCGGGGACAACAGUUCACAUCCAGCGGAGGAGGAGGAAGAGAAUUGGGAUGGAGAGGUGUUGUCUGAGGAACAGAUUGCGCAGAUUUGGGAAAUGAAGAAGCCUGCACCUGCGUUGCAAGUCGGGAAGGAUUUCUUUGAUGGCGAGGGCAAUUUUUUGUACAGAAUAUGAGUACUAGUGUUGGGGGACGGCGUGGCGCAGUGGAAGAAUGGCCGUGCGCGACCCGAGGGUCCCUGGUUCAAUCCCCACCUAGUACCAACCUCGUCAUGUCCGUUGUGUCCUGAGCAAGACACUUCACCCUUGCUCCUGAUGGGUGCUGGUUAGCGCCUUGCAUGGCAGCUCCCUCCAUCAGUGUGUGAAUGUGUGUGUGAAUGGGUAAAUGUGGAAGUAGUG